GGAGCUGUUCCUUCUUCACAGGAAGUUUUAAAUUCAAUUGCGACAAAGUACUUACAGGAACUCAACCCUUCGACACCUGAGGAGUUUAAUAAAUUUAUUCAGUACAUGAAGGAGGUGCGUAAAGUUAUUGUUGUGGAUGUUCAAAAUGGAAGUUUAAUACUCAUACUGGAAUGUAGCUCUCUUCAGAUCCUUGACGAACUCUGGGAAGACUAUUGCACAGGUCACCUAAAUGAAGUGGCACAAAAAUUCCUUGUAACAGACGAAAUUCUCGAGGAAUUUGGCCUAGCUGAAGUAAAACUCACAACAACUAUUAACGAAGAGGAAUACAAAGCUUGUCGUGAGCUUUUUUUGAAUUCUUCAAGUAAGUAA